CGGAAGGAACUCGAGCGCCAGCGGUUGGAAACUUUGCGUCACGAGGAGGAGGAAAGAGCGAAACGUCGUCAAAAGCUUGAGAGUAUCAUGUCUCGGGUGAAGGGCAGCGGUCAAGCCCUGAGUCGCACCAACACUGGCAACUCCAGCACCCAGAGCCUAUCGACUAUGGUUCAGAGUCUGACAGCUGAUUCAAAGGCCCGCAGCGAGUCACCCGCUAACGGCAGUGAUGACAACAAUGUCCACUUCAUCCUCGGUGGUGAGGAGACAUCCCUCUGUACUGGCUCUAUGCUGCGGAUGUAUGCAGCUGGCGUGACGUCGCAACCUGUGCUAUUGCCAUGUGUGCAUGUGCGCGCGCAAACGCUUUGGGUCUGCCCGUCUCUCUCUCCGUCCUUUUUUCGCAUCUUUAACGCCGACCACGUGACCCUCGGCAUUCCGACGCUUUUACCAACGCGCACCGAUGACGACAGCAACAGCAGCAGUUUAGGAGAGAUCACUGGCAGCUGUAAUAGCGGUGGCUUUCGCCCCCUCGCCAUCCUCGUGAUUGCACCUGUGCAUGCAGGCUAUGCUGCUGGUAGUCGUCUUCGUGCCACGUGCUGCGAAUGCUGA